CCAUUCCAUUCCAGGUGGUCACUGUCAGAUCUCUUUUUGCCGACAACACCCACACGGCCACACACAUAUGAUAAUAGAUAGAUAGAUAGAUAGACGCACGUAUUGUAUCUCAUCACCAGCUAUAACAACCGAUCUCUACUUCCGGCCGGAGAUUUUCAUAUUCUAAUCACUUCUAGGUAUGGAUCUGAGUAUUUGCUGUUAUUGAUUCUGUAGAAGCUGUGAAGCUAUUCUUUUAUUCAAUAUGUGGGGCUUUGGUUCGAAUGCCAUGGCUGACACCUCUGGACCAAAAAAUGAAUCUACAAGACCUGCUCAAACUUCUUCAGACUGCUCUGAUGACGAGAUUUCCUUAAAUAACAGCAGAAAUGAAGGUUUAGAGUGCCCCAUUUGCUGGGAAUCUUUCAACAUAGUUGAGAACGUGCCUUACGUAUUAUGGUGUGGCCACACACUCUGUAAAAACUGUGUCCUUGGGCUACAAUGGGCUGUUGUGAAAUUGCCUACUCUUCCAAUUCAACUCCCUUUUUUCAUAUCAUGCCCCUGGUGCAACCUGUUAUCAUUCCGGCUCGUUUAUAAAGGGAAUUUGAGGUUUCCAAGAAAGAAUUACUUUCUUCUUUGGAUGGUUGAGAGCUUAAAUGGUGAUAGAGUCAACUCUCAUCCGUCUUCCCAAGUUGAUCAUGUAACUGUGCCUGCUUGGUCUUGGACACGAGGUCUGGUCACUAAUCAGGCUAGUCAUACUAAUAAUCUGGUGGGAUCUCGUGUUCGUGAGCCUAACCGGCAUGAUGAUUCUCAUGCCACCCAUGUCAAUGAUGAGAGACAACAAUCAUCGAUCCGUAAGUCGUUAAUCUUUAUUGUUCACUUGACGGCAAAGUUCCCGUUGGUCUUUAUAUUUCUACUUAUUGUCAUAUAUGUGAUACCUGCAAGUGCAGUCAUCUUAGCUUUGUAUAUACUUGUCACAGUACUCUUUGCUCUUCCAUCGUUUCUUGUACUUUAUUUUGCGUACCCGAGUCUUGAUUGGUUGGUAAGAGAAAUCAUUACUUGAGGUGGCUUCUGGAUUUUGUUUUCCUCAAUUUGGAUCCUUUUAUUGUGCUAGUUUGUAGUACUUUGUAAUAUGCAACAGUAUUUUAAACUGCUUCCAUCUUUUAGUAAGCAUCAGGUGGCAUGUUGUCUUAAUGCUUGUAGAAUGAAGGCUGUAAUUUCUAA